AUGGAUUACAGCUCGUUCAGCGGAGUCCCCCGGUUCUUGACCCGGCCUAAGGCGUUCAUGGUGUCUGUGGGGAAGGAUGCCACGUUGAGCUGUCAGAUCAUUGGAAACCCCAUCCCAGUUGUGAGCUGGGAAAAGGAUAAACUUCCAGUCCAGUCUGGGGGAAGGUUUAAAACCACAGAAGAUGGGGAUCUCUAUCGGCUAACAAUCUACGAUCUGAGCCUGGAGGACAGUGGCCAAUACAUCUGCCGGGCCAAAAACACCAUUGGGGAAGCUUUUGCAGCUGUCAGCAUCAAAGUUGGAGAGGAGACCACAGUAACAGAGUCAGCCCCAUAUUUCAUCCAGAAACCCUCCUCCAUCAAAGUAACGCUGGGAGAAGAUGCCAUGUUCAAAUGCAAAGUCCAGGGAAGCCCUCCCCUCUCAGUGAACUGGGAGAAGGAUGGGAGACACCUGCGGAACCGGGCUGAUGCUGGACGCUUCCAGAUCGAGUCUGCAGGGGAGUCAAACGCUCUCACCAUCCAGUGUGCCCGGCUUGGGGACAGUGGCACCUACACCUGCCGGGCAGAGAACCCCAUCGGCUCUGCCAGCGCUUCUGCCGCGCUGGUGGUGGAAACAAAGGGCUCUUCCAACCCUGGCAGCAGCAGCCACUUUGAUACCAGCUGCGGCAAGACGGCGUCCUUGUUGUCUCACUUGCAAAAGAGGCGGGAGGAGAUCAGGACUAAAGGGGCCCGUAAUGCAACUUUUGGGACACUGACACGCAUGUGCAGUGUGACGGAGGGGAAGCACGCCAAGCUGAGCUGCUAUGUAACGGGUGAGCCCAAGCCAGAGAUCGUGUGGAAGAAGGACAAUGAGGUCAUUUUGGAAGGGCGGCGGCACGUCAUCUAUGAGGAUGAUCAGGAGAAUUUUGUGCUGAAGAUCCUUUUCUGCAAGCAGAUAGACAACGGGCUGUACACCUGCACGGCCUCCAACCUGGCAGGCCAGACGUACAGCUCGGUGCUUGUCACCGUCAAAGAACCCUCAAUACCCUUCAAGGAAAAACUGAGGGAUCUUGAAGUGAGGGAGAAGGAAUCCGCCACCUUCCAAUGUGAAGUGCCUGUUCCUAGUACAGAAACAGCUUGGUUUAAGGAGGAAACCAAACUCCGGCAGAGCAAGAAAUACAACAUCGAAGAAGAAGGCACGUAUCGCCGACUCACUGUCCAGAAUGUCACCGCAGAUGAUGAUGCUGUCUAUAUCUGUGAGAUGAAAGAAGGGAGCAGGACCAUCGCAGAGUUGUCUGUCCAGGGGAACAUCAUUAAAAAACUUCCACGAAAGACUGCGGUCUUCAUAAAUGAUACAGCCAUCUUCUGUGUGGAGCUGGACAACGAAUGCCAGAACAUCCGAUGGCUGAAAAAUAAAGAAGAAGUGAAACCCAGUGAUCGAAUAUCCAUCACGUGCUCUGGCAAGCAACAUACCAUGAUCAUCCGAGAGUGUAAGAUGGAAGAUGCUGGUGAGAUUGCCUUCCUGGCUGAUGAAAGCAGGACUUCUACCCAAUUCACUGUAACCACUCCCAAAAAACCUCCCACCCAACCCCCAGCUGACCCUGUGGUGAAAAAUAAAACAGAAACCUCAGUGACGCUAGCAUGGUCCCCUCCAAAGAUGGACCGCCCCAUUCCAGUCGAUGGCUACAUCGUAGAACGCAAGAAACUAACUGGCUUCACCUGGGUGAGGUGCCAUGAGUCUCACGUCCCUGUCCCAGAGUUCACGGUGAGCAACCUGUCAGAAGAGGCUGACUAUCAGUUCAGGGUGUCUGCAAUCAACGCCUACGGACAGAGCCCCUUCCUGGAGUUCCCAGGGAGUGUGCACCUUGAACCUGUCCUGGCAGUGAAAACGCCCCUGACAACUGUUGAAGCUGUACCUGGAGGGGAUGCCCUCUUUACUGUUGACCUCACGACAACGUGUUCCGGCACUUGGUACCUUAAUGGUAAAGUCUUACAGGAAAGUGAGACCUACAUCAUUAAGAGAACCCAAACUACUCACACCCUAAUCAUAAAGAACGUCACCAAGAACGAUGAUGGAGCAGAAGUAAAAUUUGUUGCAAAUAACGUUGACACCAGCACCAAGAUGAGAGUGAAAGGUGCUGCAGUGAGAUUUACUAACAAGAGCAGAGAUAUAGAAAAGGUCUCUGCUCGGCUGCGGGAGGACGCCAAACUUCAGGCUGAGCUUUCAGAAGCAGAGGCUACUGUGAAGUGGAUGAAGGAUGGGAAAGAGCUCAAGGCCAGUGAAAAAUACGAACUUCAAACUGUGGGGAAGAGGCACAUCCUGAAAAUCCGCAACACUGCAGCAGAGGAUGCUGGAGUGUAUGAGUGCACCUGUGAAGGGGAUAGAAUGCUCUAUCAGCUUUCAGUAAAAGCACUUGCAAACUUCAUAAACAAAGAGAAAACUGGAGGAGUUAUCAGGGCUGUCUCUGGAAAACAGGCUGAAUUUGUUUCUGAGACCUCUGAGGCCAACAUCAUGGUUAAGUGGUACAAAGAUGGCAAAGAAAUCACAGCCAGCAAGAAAUUCACCAUGGAAGAUAAAGGAAAACUGCAUAAGCUUGUGGCUUCAGCUGUGACGAAAGAAGAUGAAGGGACAUACACAUGCAAAAUUGGAGAUGAUACCCUUAUUUUUGAUUUAAAAGUCUCAGAUGAAGCUGUUAAUUUUGUCAACAAGCCCAAAACAACUCCAGAAAUAUUGGUCAGUCCUUCUGAAAACCUUGAGCUGGUGUGUGAGGUGUCAGCUGCGAGCGGAGCCGUGGUAUGGAAGAAAGAUCAAACUGAGGUGAAACAGGACCAGAGGACAACAGUCAUCUCCCAGGGGACACACCGCAAGCUCAUCAUCAAGAAGGUGACACAACAAGACCAAGGGAGCUACACCUGUGAAACGAAGGAUGAUAGAACAACAUUCCAAGUCAAAGUCAGAGAGACAGAAGACGUGUUUACAAACAAGGAGAAGGUGCAGAAAGAAGUGAAAGCUGCACUAUCAGAGAACGCCACGCUGAGCUGCGAGGUGGCCCAGGAGAAGACCGACGUGAAAUGGUACAAGGAGGGGAAACUGAUCACCUCGAGCAAGAAGUUCAAGCUGGAGUCGGAGGGCAAAUCGCGUCGCCUGGUGGUGGGUCAGGUGGAGAAGAAAGAUGCUGGGGAGUACACCUGCGAGGCUGCUGGCCAGAAAUUGACCUUCAAGAUUGUUGUCACAGAAGCAGAGGAUGCAUUUGUCAACAAGGACAAAGUGAAGAAAGAGGUGAAAGCUGCACUAGCAGAAAACGCCACACUGAGCUGCGAGGUGGCCCAGGAGAAGACCGACGUGAAAUGGUACAAGGAGGGGAAACUGAUCACCUCGAGCAAGAAAUUCAAGGUGGAGUCGGAGGGCAAAUCGCGUCGCCUGGUGGUGUGUCAGGUGGAGAAGAAAGAUGCUGGGGAGUACACCUGCGAGGCCGCUGGCCAGAAACUGACCUUCAAGAUUGAUGUCACAGAGGCAGAAGAUGCAUUUGUCAACAAAAAGAAGGUGCAGAAAGAGGUGAAAGCUGCACUAGCAGAAAACGCCACGCUGAGCUGCGAGGUGGCCCAGGAGAAGACCGACGUGAAAUGGUACAAGGAGGGGAAACUGAUCACCUCGAGCAAGAAGUUCAAGGUGGAGUCAGAGGGCAAAUCGCGUCGCCUGGUGGUGUGUCAGGUGGAGAAGAAAGAUGCUGGGGAGUACACCUGCGAGGCCGCUGGCCAGAAACUGACCUUCAAGAUUGAUGUCACAGAAGCAGAAGAUGCGUUUGUCAACAAGGACAAAGUGAAGAAAGAGGUGAAAGCUGCACUAGCAGAAAACGCCACGCUGAGCUGCGAGGUGGCCCAGGAGAAGACCGACGUGAAAUGGUACAAGGAGGGGAAACUGAUCACCUCGAGCAAGAAGUUCAAGGUGGAGUCGGAGGGCAAAUCGCGUCGCCUGGUGGUGGGUCAGGUGGAGAAGAAAGAUGCUGGGGAGUACACCUGCGAGGCUGCUGGCCAGAAACUGACCUUCAAAAUUGAUGUCACAGAUGAUGUGUUUGAACACAAAGACAAAGUGCAAAAAGAGGUGAAGGCAGUGCUGAAGGAGAACACCACACUGAGCUGCGAGGUGGCCCAGGAGAAGACCGAUGUGAAAUGGUACAAGGAGGGGAAACUGAUCACCGCGAGCAAGAAGUUCAAGGUGGAGUCGGAGGGCAAAUCGCGUCGCCUGGUGGUGGGUCAGGUGGAGAAGAAAGAUGCUGGGGAGUACACCUGCGAGGCCGCUGGCCAGAAACUGACCUUCAAGAUUGACGUCACGGAGGCAGAAGAUGCUUUCGUCAACAAGGAGAGGGUGAAGAAAGAGGUGAAAGCUGCAUUAUCAGAAAACACCACACUGAGCUGCGAGGUGGCCCAGGAGAAGACCGACGUGAAAUGGUACAAGGAGGGGAAACUGAUCACCUCAAGCAAGAAGUUCAAGGUGGAGUCGGAGGGCAAAUCACGUCGCCUGGUGGUGUGUCAGGUGGAGAAGAAAGAUGCUGGGGAGUACACCUGUGAGGCUGCUGGCCAGAAACUGACCUUCAAGAUUGACGUCACGGAGCCAGAAAUUGUGUUUACAAACAAGGAGAAGGUGCAGAAGGAGGUGAAAGCUGCACUAUCAGAAAACACCACGCUGAGCUGCGAGGUGGCCCAGGAGAAGACCGACGUGAAAUGGUACAAGGAGGGGAAACUGAUCACCUCGAGCAAGAAGUUCAAGGUGGAGUCGGAGGGCAAAUCGCGUCGCCUGGUGGUGGGUCAGGUGGAGAAGAAAGAUGCUGGGGAGUACACCUGUGAGGCUGCUGGCCAGAAACUGACCUUCAAGAUUGAUGUCACAGAGCCAGAAAUUGUGUUUACAAACAAGGAGAAGGUGCAGAAAGAAGUGAAAGCUGCACUAUCAGAAAAUGCCACGCUGAGCUGCGAGGUGGCCCAGGAGAAGACCGACGUGAAAUGGUACAAGGAGGGGAAACUGAUCACCUCGAGCAAGAAGUUCAAGGUGGAGUCGGAGGGCAAAUCACGUCGCCUGGUGGUGUGUCAGGUGGAGAAGAAAGAUGCUGGGGAGUACACCUGCGAGGCCGCUGGCCAGAAACUGACCUUCAAGAUUGAUGUCACGGAGCCAAAACCAGCAUUUAUAAACCAGGAAAAGGUCCAGAAGGAGGUGAACGCCAUUCUGACAGAAAGUGCCACCCUCAGCUGUGAGGUAGCACAGGACGCAACCGAAGUGAAAUGGUACAAGGAUGGAAGACUGCUCGUUUCCUCUAGAAAAUUCAAAAUAGAAACUGUGGGCAAAACCCGGCGCCUGGUUAUAGAGCAGCUGGAGAAGAAAGAUGGUGGAGAAUACACCUGUGAGGCUGCUGGCCAGAAGCUGACCUUCAAGUUGGAACCAACUGAACCAGAGGCUAAGUUUGAAAACAAAAUUGUCCAGAAAGAGCCUCUCAUUGUCCAAGAACACGAAAGCAUCACAUUGACUACUUCAGUAACGCCUGAAACCGCUGCGGUAAAGUGGUUCAAGGAUGGAACAGAAAUCAAGGCGAGCAAGAAGUAUGAGAUCAAGAGUGAGGGGGCAUCCAGGACCCUGACGGUGAAGCUGGCUGAGAGCACAGACACGGCCGUGUACACUUGCCAGACAAAGAGCGACAAGCAGGAAUUCAAAGUGCAAGUGAAAGAAAUCCCGGUAAAGUUUGCUAAAAAACUUGAAGCUGUUAAUGCUGAGAUUGGAGGCAGUGUCUCUUUGACUUGUGAGGUGAGCCACGCCAAAGGGAAGGUGGUGUGGCGCAGGAAUGGAGUUGAAAUCAAGCCCAGCAAGCGUUUCCAGAUUCAUGAAGAAGGGGUCAAUCGAACCCUGACAAUAACAGGGAUCCGGGCUGAGGAUGAGGGAGAGUACUCCUGCGAAUCCAGAGAUGACAAAAGCAGCAUUACCAUCACCCCCAAAGCUCCCAGAGUGGUGAAAUUCAUUACAAGUCUCAACAGUGUGGUCUCUGAGGAAGGAAAAGAGGCUGUGUUCAAGUGCACCGUCUCUCCCAGUGAUGCUGUGGUCACUUGGCUCAGGAAUGGUGUCAAGAUUGAAGCCAGCAAGAAGUAUGUGAUCUGGCAGAAGGACACUAACCACAGCCUCACCAUCACUGAUCUGACGCUGGAAGAUGCAGCUGAAAUCUCUGCCAAUGCUGAGGGUGUAGAAAGCACAGCCAAUCUCAGAGUCCGAGAGGCCUCAAUCUCAUUUAAGAAGAAACUGGAGCCUAGAACAGUUGAAGAGAGGGACACAGUGACCUUGGAGGUAGAGCUGACCAAGCCUGCAGAGGUGAAGUGGAUGAGAAACAGCAUCGUAUUGAAGCCCAGUGAAAAAAUUGACAUCAAAGCUGAGGGAACAAAGCACAUCUUGGUGGUUAAGGACAUCUCCUUUGCAGACAGGGGCUUCUACUGCUGCGAGAGCCCUGAUGACAAGACCCAAGCCAAGAUCAAUGUGGAAAUGAGGCAGAUCAAACUGGUGAAAGGUCUUCAGCCCCUCCAAGUCUCUGAGAAAGGGACUGUCACCUUCGAGGUGGAGGUGUCGCAUGAAGAUGUGGAAGGGACCUGGCAGAAGGAUGGCGUUCGGCUGAAGCCUGCACCGAAUAUCAGGAUUGAUGUCCAGGGGAAGAAACAUUCACUGACUCUUUCUUCAGUGACUCUUGAAGAUGCAGGACUCAUCUCCUUCAAAGGAGACGGCAUUCACUCAUCAGGGAAGCUCACUGUGACAGAAUUGCCUGUGAGAAUCAGCAAACCUUUGGCAGACGUCAGUGUAACUCAGAAGGACAAGGUCACAUUCGAGUGUGAGCUGUCCAGGCCCAACGUGGAUGUUAAGUGGUUCAAGGAUGGGAAGGAGCUCCGGCAAAGUAAAGCAGUGGGGAUUAUUUCCCAGGGAAAUAAGAGAAGCCUCAUUAUUCACAAGUGUGAAUAUGAAGACCAGGGGACCUAUACAUGUGAAGCAGCUGAAGACAAGACGUCAGCUACCCUAAAGGUUCAUGCCCGAGAUAUCAAGAUUGUUAAACCACUGGAAGAUGUGGAAGUGAAUGAAUAUGAGAGUGCAUCUUUCAUCUGUGAGAUUUCGCAUGAUGAGGUCCAAACCCAAUGGUACAAAAAUGACAACAAGCUGAAGGCUGCCGACAAUAUUAGAAUGCGUCAAGAUGGAAAGACGUAUUCGCUGACUUACACGCGCGUCCAAGUCGAAGAUGCAGCAGAGAUCAAAUUUGUAGCAGAAAAGGCAGAAUCUCGUGCCCAUCUUACUGUAAAAGAGCUGCCUGUAAAAAUUGUGAAGCCUUUGCGAGAUAAGAUUGCUCUUGAAAAACACCGGGGGUUCCUGGAGUGCCAGGUGUCUCGUGCCAACGCCGAAGUUAGAUGGUAUAAAAAGGACGUUGAAAUUCACCCUAGUGACAAAUACGAAAUUGUGAGCGAUGGUGUCUAUCGGAAACUCAUCAUCAACGAUGCAGAUUAUGAAGAUGAGGACACGUACACUUGUGAUGCCUUUGAUGACAAAAGCAGUGCUAAUUUCUUUGUUGAAGAGCAAUCCAUUAAUAUUGUAAAGGAGUUGUGUGAUGAGGAUGUGACUGAGCCUGAAGAAGCCAAUUUUGAAUGUGAGAUAUCCAUUCCGUCCGUGAAACCGCCCAAAUGGUUUCUCCGCGGAGCAGCCUUACAGGCGGGCAGAAACAUUAUCAUGCAGCAAGAAGGCACCAUCCACCGGCUGACAAUAGUGAAAACCAGUGCUGAUAUGACAGGCACUGUUCAGUUCUCCAUUGGCAAAUCAAAAUCCACAGCAAACCUGCUUGUCAGAGAUUACCACAUACAGAUCACCAGGAAGAUGGAGGACAAGACAGCCCUGGAGCGUCAUUCGGUCAUCCUGUCUUGUGACUUCAGGCCUUCUCCAAAGAUUGUGAAGUGGUUCAAGGGCCACACUCCCAUUGAGCCCUCCGAGAAAUACAAAAUCAAACGGGAGCAGCAUUCAGCAGAGCUCAAGAUUUUGAAGGUGAAGCCUGAAGAUGCUGGUGUGUACAAGUGCAGGGCUGGAAACGCAGAAACCGAAGCCACGCUGAUCGUUGAAGCCCGCAACGUAGAAGUACUCAAACACCUACAGGACGUGGAAAUUGAAGAAGAAAGUUCCGCUGUCUUCUCCUGCGAGCUGUCCCACGACGAUGAGGAUGUGGAAUGGUUCCUCAACGGCACCCUCCUUUACACCAACAAUUUCAAUGACAUCAGGAAUGUUGGCAAUUGCUACGUGCUGACGAUGAAGCAGGUCAAGCCUGAGGAUGCUGGCACAGUGACGAUGAAGUCAGACAAGGUGUCAGAGAGCGCGCGUCUGAAGGUGAUAGAGAAGCCUGCUGUCUUCAUGAAGUCCUUGGACGAUGUUUUUGGUGAGGAGCGAGGUGUGAUUAAACUGGAAUGCGAAGUUUCCAAAGAGAAGGUCAAACCUGUUUGGAAAAAGGAUGGUGUGAAGCUCACUUCUGGUAACAAGUAUGAGGAGAUACAGUCUGGCAAGACCCUGUGCCUCCUUAUCCAUGACCUUGAAAAGGCAGAUGCAGGUUUGUACACCUGUGAUAUUGGAACUGAUGUUGCCAAGUCAAAGGUCAGCGUUCAGGAGCUGAACAUUGGCAUCACCAAACGGUUGAAGAACACUGAAAUCCAGGAGGGAGAAGAUUGCACUUUUGAGUGUAUUUUGUCCCAUGAAAGCAUUGACGACUUCAACUGGACGCUGAACGGGAGCAAAGUGGAAAGUGGUGGGCGAUUUAAAGCCUUUAACAUGGGUCGGAAAUACACGCUCAAUAUCAAAAAUGUGAUUCCUGAUGAUGCUGGGGAAGUCAUUUUCACUGCCCGUGGUCUAACCUCUAAGGCUUCUCUGGUUGUGAAAGAAAAACCUACUGAGGUUACAAAACAGCUGGAGGAUAAAACAUCCGCGGCGGGGCAGGACAUCAGCCUGAGCUGUGAAUUGUCGAAACCUGAUGUGAGCAUCAGGUGGUACAAGGAUGGCAAAGCCAUCCGGAAAAGCCAGAAAUAUGACUUGCACCAAGAGGGAACACGGGCCAUUCUGAUCAUCCAUGACUCCACAGUGAAGGACAGCGGGGAGUACACCUGUGAGACGGAGGUCUCCAAAACGAAAGCCAGGAUCACGGUGCAAGAAAAACCUAAUUAUUUUGUCAAGGAACUUUCAGACCUGAAAGUCGAUGAAAGCGGAACUGCAGUUUUUACGUGCCAGAGUGAGAAAGCUGCAUCCUCUGUGGUCUGGAGGAAAGGCAUAGCUGAACUCAGGGCUAGCAAGAAAUACGAGAUCACCCAGAAAGGACAAGUCCUGCAGCUGACCAUAAAUAACUUGGAGAAAAGUGAUAGUGACACUUACACGUGCGACAUUGGUGAUGCCCAGUCCAGAGCCAAGCUAGUCGUGCAAGGCCAGAAAGUGCUAAUAACAGAAGACCUGGAAGAUGUCACUGUGUUAGAAGGAGAAUCUGCCAUGUUCAAAUGCAGAAUCUCUCCCAUAGACUAUAGCAAAGUGCAGUGGUUUUUGGAUAAAACCCCACUCCAUACCAAUGAACUUAAUGAGAUCCAGUCUCAGCCUGGUGGAUAUCACUUGCUAACCUUGAAAAAACUCACACUGAAGGACUCGGGGGUCAUUACAUUUGAAGCUGGUGAUAAGAAAACAUCUGCCAGUUUGGUUGUUAAAGAGAAGCCCUGCAUCUUUACAAAGGAGCUGGUUGAUACUGAAGUCACUGAGGGAGAGGAUGUGAUCCUUCACUGUGAAACCUCCAAAUCAGACAGCCCUGUAAAGUGGUGCAAAGAUGGGAGGAGCCUUAGGAAUUCUUCCAAGUGUAACAUCAGCCGGUCGGGAUUCGAAGCCAAGCUUGUCAUUCGCAGGGCAGAAGAAAGAGACAGUGGCAGAUAUGAGUGUGAGGCUGGAGCAGCUAAAAGUAGUGCGAUUAUUACUGUCAAGGCCGCCUCUGUGCUCAUCAAAGAAGAGCUGAAGAGCGUGGAAGCCGUGGAAGGUGGGACUGCCACCCUGCGAUGCCAGCUGAGCAGAGAGGCCCCUGUGGAGUGGAGGAAGGGGCACACUCUUCUCCGGUCCAGUAACAAGUACCGGAUGAGGCAGGAGGGCACAGUGGCUGAGCUGCUGAUCCAUGAUCUGGACCCAAAGGAUGCUGGAGACUAUACAUGUGUAGUGGGGAACCAAAAAACCACAGCAGCCUUAUCAGUGAAUGCCUUGCCUAUCCUCUUCCAAGAAGAAAUGUUGAACAAGGAAGCUACAGAGGGGGAGGCAGUCACUUUGCACUGUAAACUGAGCAAAUCGGCCCCGGUUGAGUGGAGAAAGGGGAGUAAAGUCCUCAAGCCAAGUGAAAAAUACAAAAUAGAGCAGGAAGGUCCCUUUGUGGAGCUGAUGAUCCGGGAUUUGGAUUUGGCAGACGCUGGGGAUUACAGCUGUGUGUGUGGAGAUCAACAGACUACGGCUGCUUUGACAGUAAAUGUCCUGCCUGCUCUUUUCACCAAAGACCUGACAGACAAAGAAGGCACAGAAGGUAGAAGUGUCUCUCUGCGCUGUGAGCUGAACAAGGCUGCUGCCAACGUGGAGUGGAAGAAGGGCUUCAAGACCCUCAAAUCAAGUGACAAGUACAAAAUGAAACGUGAAGGUGUCGUUGCUGAGCUUAUAAUCCAAAAUCUAGACACGACGGAUGCUGGAAAUUAUUCCUGCGUGUGCGGAGACCAGCAGACUAUGGCAGUUUUAACAGUACAUGCUUUGCCUGCAUUUUUCAAAGAAGGAUUGAAGAACAGAGAAGCCACAGAUGGCGCGACAGCCACUCUGCGCUGUGAGCUGAGCAAGGUCGGGGUCCCGGUGGAGUGGAAAAAAGGGAACAAGACGCUCAAACCGAGUGAUAAGUAUAGGAUGAGACAAGAAGACACCACUGCAGAGCUGUUGAUCCGAGAUCUGGAGGUAGAAGAUACAGGAGAAUACACCUGUGUGUGUGGAGAUCAGAAGACCUCAGCUGUCCUGACAGUCCAUGCUUUGCCUGCACUGUUCAAAAAAGAGCUGGUCAGUAUGGAAGCCACAGAAAACGGGACGGCCGUGCUGCAGUGUGAGCUAACUAAACCCACUCCGGUGGAGUGGAGGAAAGGGCAAAAGGUGCUCAAGCCUAGUGAGAAGUACAAAAUGAGACUGAAGGAUACCGUUGCUGAGCUGACGAUCCAUAGCCUGGAGGAACAAGAUGCGGGAGAUUACACAUGCAUGUGCGGAGACAAGACGACCACUGCAUCCCUGACAGUCCAUGCCCUUCCUCCGCAUUUUAUAAAAGAGUUGAAGAAUGUGGAAGCCACAGAAAAUGGCACAGCCACUCUCUGCUGUGAACUGAACAAGCCCGCAGUCGCCGUGGAAUGGAGGAAAGGAGACAGAGCCCUGGAGCCGAAGGACAGGUUCACCAUGAGAUGCGAGGGCACAACUGCUGAGCUGGUGAUCCGAGAGUUAGAUCUGACAGAUGCGGGAGAUUACACGUGCUGUUAUGGAGAUCAGAAAACCACCGCUGCACUAAAAGUGAAUGCCCUGCCCGCACGCUUCAAGAAAGAGAUGAAGAAUGAAGAAGCCACAGAAGGUGGAACAGCCACGCUGCAAUGUGAGCUUUCUAGGCCUGCCCCUGUGGAGUGGAAAAAGAAACACAAAGUGCUCAAAUCGUGUGAAAAAUAUACUUUGAGACAGGAAGGUACCACAGCACAACUGCUGAUCCGUGCUUUAGAAGUCAAGGAUGCUGGGGAAUAUACGUGUGUGUGUGGAGAUGAGAAGACUACCGCAGCACUGACGGUGCAUGCCCUUCCCGCUCUCUUCAAAGAAGAAUUAAGAAACGAGGAAGCCACAGAGGGUGAAGUGGUCACUCUGCGCUGUGAGCUGACCAAAGCCGCUUCAGUGGAGUGGAAAAAAGGACACACAGUACUCAAACCUAGCGAGAAAUACAAAAUGAGGCAGAAGGAUGUCACUGCAGAACUGGUGAUCCAUAAUCUAAAUGAGAGUGAUGCUGGUGACUAUACCUGCGUGUGUGGGGAUAAGCAGUCCACAGCUUCCUUAGCAGUACACGCGCUGCCCGCACGCAUCAAGGAAGGCCUGAAGGAGGAGGAGGUGACAGAAGGUCAAGCAGCCACCCUGCGCUGCGAGCUGACCAAGGUUGCUCAAGUAGAGUGGAGGAAGGGAAGCAGUGUGCUCAAAGUCAGCGACAAAUACAAAAUGAGACAGGAAGGCACAGUCGUGAAGCUGCUUAUCCACGACGCAGAAUUGAAAGAUGCUGGAGAAUACACUUGUGUGUGUGGAGAACAGGAGACAACAGCUGCCUUGAUAGUGCAUGCCCUGCCUGCACUUUUCAAAGAAGAACUGAAGGACUUGCAAGCCGUGGAAAGCCAAACAGCCACUCUGCGCUGUGAGCUGACCAAGGCUGCAGCUGUGUCAUGGAAGAAAGGACACAAAAUACUCAGGGCAAGUGAAAAAUACAUCAUGCGACAGGAUAAUGUCCUUGCUGAGCUGGAAAUUUGUGAUCUAGAGCUGCAGGAUGCGGGAGAUUACACCUGUGUGUGUGGAGACCAGCACACCACGGCUUCUCUGACAGUGAAUGCCCUGCCGGUGCUUUUCAAGGAAGAACUGAAGGAUGAAGAAGUCCAGGAAGGAGCAUCAGUCUCUCUGCGAUGUGAAUUAACCAAAGCAGCUCCAGUGCAGUGGAAAAUAGGGUCCAAAGUGCUCAAAGCAAGUGACAAAUAUCAAAUGAGACAGCCUGGCACCACUGCAGAGCUGGUCAUUCAUGACCUAGAAGUAAAAGAUGCUGGAGAUUAUACGUGCGUUUGUGGUGACCAGAAGACAACAGCAACUUUAACAGUUCAUGCUCUGCCACCGCUCUUUAAGGAAGAGCUAAAGAACAAGGCAGCAGAAGAAGGUGGAGAAGUCGCCCUGCACUGUGAGCUCACCAAGGCUGCUCCGGUGGAGUGGUGGAAGGACCAGAGGAUUCUCCAACCGAGUGAGAAAUACAAAAUGAGGCAGGAAGGGACCAAGGCAGAGCUGGUGAUUCGUGAAAUAACUGAGGAGGAUGCAGGAGACUACACCUGUGUGUGUGGAGAGCACCAGACUACAGCUGUCUUAACAGUACAGGCUGUGCCUCCAUUUUUCCAAGAAGAAAUGACCAGCAAGGAAGCAGUGGAAGGUGGAACGGCCACUUUGCACUGUGAGCUCAGCAAGCCAUCUGCCCACGUUCAGUGGAAGAAGGGCCAUCACGUCCUCACCUCGGACAACAAGUACAGCCUGAGACAGGAAGGCUGUGUUGUGGAGCUGGUAGUUCAAAAUUUAGACUUGAAUGAUGCUGGAGAUUAUACCUGUGUGUGUGGAGACAAGACCACCACAGCUGCCCUAACAGUGCAUGCGCUGCCUCCAGAAUUCAAAAAAGACCUGAAGGACCUAGAAGCUGUAGAAAGUGGGACAGCUACUCUCUGCUGCGAGCUGACUAAACCCGCUGUGGUGGAGUGGAAGAAAGGGCAGGAGUUGCUCAAAGCAAGCAGCAAAUAUAAAAUGAGGCAAGACGGUGCUGUUGCAAAGCUGAUUAUCCACGACCUGGAUGUGGAGGACACUGGAGAUUACACCUGCAUGUGUGGAGACCAGCAGACAACUGCCACUUUGACAGUCAAUGCACUGCCUGUCACAUUUAAGCAACCCCUUCAAAAUAAGGAAUCAGAGGAAGGAAGCACAGCUACAUUCUGCUGUGAGCUGUCAAAACCCAAUGCUGCAGUGGAAUGGAGGAAAGGAGGAGUGGGGCUGCAGCCCAGCCAGAAGUAUGAAAUGAGGCAGAGGGAAUGCCGGGUAGAGCUCUUAAUACAUAAUCUCAGAUUAGAAGAUACAGGAGAAUACAGCUGUGAUACCGGGGAUCAGGAAACCAAGGCAUCUUUAAAUGUGAAAGCUCUGCCAAUUCUUUUCAAAAAAGAGCUCAAGGACAAGGAGGCAGAAGAAGGAGCUGCGGUGAAAUUCCAGUGUGAGCUGACAAAGGAUAAUGCAACAGUGGAAUGGAGGAAAGGCACAAUGGAGCUCUUCCCGUGUGCCAAAUACGAAAUUAAAUUAAGUGGUCGCACAGCUGAACUCGUGAUUCAUAAUAUAGAACCAGAAGAUGCCUCUGAUUACACAUGUGAUACAGGAGACCAGCAGAGCACAGCAGUCCUCAGAGUGAAUGCCGUCAAACCCCGGCUGAAGCAGCAGCUGAAGAAUGAAGAAGUGGAAGUGGGAGGAACGGCCAGGCUGCGCUGUGAGAUUUCCAUUAGCAAAGCAGAAGUGGAGUGGAGGAAAGAUGGAAUCAUCCUUCACUCAAGCUCCAAGUAUGAAAUGUGGCAGGACGGCACCCUCCGUGAGCUGCGGGUUCACCGCCUGGAGCCAAGCGAUGCUGGAGAGUAUUCCUGCAAGGCUGGAGAUGAGAUGAGCUCUGCAAAACUGACCGUGAAAGAGCCUGACGUGACCAUCGUGAGUGGCCUAAAGGACAUGGUGGUGUUUGAAGGGGAUGAUGUCACAUUCCGGUGCCAGGUUUCUCAUGAAAACGCAAGGGAUGUUGAAUGGAAGCUACAGGACGUUGCUUUGCAAAAUAAUGAAAUGAAUGAGAUCUCCGUGGAAAAAGGAAAGAUUCACACCCUGACGUUAAGGAAGGUGACUGAGCAGGACAUUGGCACCAUCACUUUCCGAGUGGGACCCCACACGUCGACAGCAGAGCUCACAGUAAAAGAACCGGCAGCCACUAUAGUGGAGACGCUGAAGGACGUCACUUCGUACGAAGGAGAAGACGCAGUGUUUGAAUGCAGGCUGUCCCGGGAAACAACUCAGGAUGCCCAGUGGUUCCUGGGGGAUGUUCCCCUGCAAUCCAAUGAAAUGAAUGAGAUCAGAGUCCAAGGGACGCGUCACACUUUGAUCCUGAGGAAGGUGACACUAGAAGACUGCGGGCCCAUCAGUUUCAAAGUCGGGCAGCAUACCUCAGCCGCACAGCUAACGGUCCAAGCCAAGAACAGCAUUGUCCAGGGCUUGGAGAAUGUGGAAGCCGUGGAAGGAGGGGAAGCCCUGUUCGAAUGCUACCUUUCCAAGCCCGAGUCCUACAAUUACAACUGGCUGAUUGACGAUGAACCUGCCAAAACUACAGAAAACACUGAGAUGGUUUACUUUGAGAAUGGGCGCCGACAUAUUCUGCUGCUGAAGAACCUCACUCCCCGAGACAGCUGCAGGGUGACAUUCACGUGCAGCGACGCGGUGACCUCAGCCUUCCUGACGGUGAAAGGAUGGCGCCUACAGAUCUUGCAGCCUCUCACAGAUGUGGAAGUCUCUCCGGGGGAGAAAGCUACAUUUAGCUGCGUUCUAAGUGAAGCUGUGCCAAUUAAUGAAGUUGCCUGGUAUAGUAAUGACAUAGAGCUCCAGUCGGAUGAGGACUGGGAGGUACAAGCAAAUGGAAACAAAUACAAACUUAUUCUGAAAAAAGCCCAACCGCAUCAUUCCGGAGAGGUGACCUUUGCCUGCAGGGAAGCAAUUGCAUCAGCCAAGUUAUCCGUGACAGCCCACCCCGAUCCACCUGAAGAACCGGAAGUUUUAAGUAAGAGCAGCCACUCUGUAACUCUGUCUUGGUACAAGCCCUUGAGCGACGGUGGUUGUGAUAUCCUAGGCUACAACGUGGAGAGGAAAAUCCCAGGUAUUGGCUGGCAGUCAUGCAGCAAGGGCCUUAUUCAAAACACAGAGUUUAUGGUGGAUGAUCUCACCCCGGGUGAACCCUACAGAUUCCGCGUCUCGGCUGUAAACAAAGUUGGGGCCAGCGAGCCGGUGCACUUCCCUCAGACGGUGCAGCUAGCUGAGCCUCCAGUUACAGUCACCCAUCCUUUGGUGGGAGGAUCAGUCUCGGAAGGGGAGGUGGCUCGCUUGGAGUGCAAAUUAUCAAGUGCAACUGAAGAGAAAGUGAUAUGGUUCAAAGGAAAAGAACAAAUACAAGCUGGAGGGAGAUAUGAGAUCCUCUCUGAUGGAAAAAAACAGAUACUCAUUAUUCGUGCAUUUAAACCUGAAGAUCAGGACACCUAUACCUGCAUGGUUUCUCCAGAAGUCAAAUCUGUUGCCAGCUUGUGUCUUGAAGCCAUGGAAGCACCUCCCGCAAGGCAACCAGAAGACCUGGUGGACGGCCAUGUCCAGCCCAGCUUGCCUCCUGAGGCUGCUCAGGAGGGAGACCUUCACCUCCUGUGGGAAGCCCUGGCCAAGAAACGCCGGAUGAGCCGGGAGCCCACCUUGGAUUCCAUCAGCGAGGUGCCUGAAGAGGAUGAGAAGCUUCAGAAGUUGAGGAGGGAGGAAGCGGAGAUGACUCACUAUUACUCAGAGGAGUACUCCACGUGUGAUGAGCUGGCUAGGACGGGAGAAGCAGAUUUCUCUUUCACAAGCUCAGAUGAUGAGUCUAGAGCUGGGACUCCUUCCCUGGUGAACUACCUCAAGAAAGCUGGGAAGACAAGUGUCAGUGUUACUAGCAAGGUCCAGUCCAUCUCCACAGGCAAAUUAUGGAAACAGUGGGAGAAAUCCAGUGUGGAGACUGUUGUGGCUGCCCCAGCUGCUCAGCCAGAUGAACCAGAAAUACCAGAUUUAGAUGAUCCUUCCAUGAACAAGGCCGCUGUGAAGAUCCAGGCUGCCUUCAAAGGCUACAAAGUCAGGAAAGAGAUCAAGCAACAAGAGUGCCCAGUGUUUACCGAGACCUUCAAAGAUUUCUCUGGUGAGCCUGGAAGCACUCUUCACCUUGAGUGUGUGGCCCACAGCAAAACCGACAUGAAAGUCCGUUGGCUGAAAGAUGGGGAAGAGCUUUCAGACGGUCGCUACUAUCACAUAGACAAUUACAGUGAUGGGACCUGCUCUUUGAUUAUCACUGGCCUGGACAGGAAAGAUGCCGGUAAAUACACGUGUGAGGCAUCCAAUAAAUUUGGCAAGGUUUCACACAGUGCUAAGGUGGUUAAACCAAGCACUGACAGUGAGACAGAGAGCUCAUCGGGCAGUGAGCUGGAUGAUGCUUUCCGUAAAGCAGGGAGGAGACUUCAUAGACUCUUCAGGGCCAAGAUCUCAACCGAGAUAUCUGACGUGGAGGAAGAGCUCUUUGUCAGUGCAGAUGAAGGGGACAUAGAGGUGGUUGACCAUCAGACGUAUCGUGAGGACGACCAGUACAUCUACAUCAAGUUUGAAAUCUUGUCUGAGGCAAAAACUGCUGCCACUCGCUUCAGAGAGAUGUUUGGUGCUCUGGGAAUUCCUGUGGAGAUUGACAUUUUGGAACAAGGACCUAAAAAAAUUGAAUUGCGUAUUGGGAAAGCAACACCACCCACCCAUGGGAAGUUUGCACCACCAGUAGUGAGACCUCCACCACCUUUGCUGACUUCUGAUACAGCUCCCAUGUUCAUGACUGAGCUCCAAAACCAAGAGGUGCAAGACGGAUACCCAGUCAGCUUCGACUGCAUUGUCGUUGGCAAACCGCUCCCUACGGUUCGCUGGUUCAAGGAUGGGAAAGCUAUUGAAGAAAACGAUCAUUACAUGAUCAACGAGGACCAGGAAGGGUGCCAUCAGCUGAUCAUCACAGCUGUGGUCCCCACUGACAUGGGUGUUUACCGUUGCCUCGCUGAAAACAACAUGGGAGUCGCUUCAACCAAGGCGGAGCUUCGAGUGGACUUGACCAGCACCGACUAUGAGACAGCAGCAGAUGCAACAGAGACAUCUUCUUACUACAGUGCCAAAGAAUAUAUUUCGAGCCGAGAACAGGAGGAAUCUACCACUGAGGAGGAGCAAUUGCCCCAGAUCUUCGAUGAGCUUCAUGAUAUUCAUGUGGCACCUGGAGCGUCACUGGCUAAAUUUCACCUGAAGGUGAAAGGGUACCCACAGCCUCGUCUCUAUUGGUUCAAAAACGGACAGCCGUUAAAGGCCUCGGAUCGCAUCCUGAAGACUGAUAAACAGGAAUUCCACUCACUGGAAAUUCGUGAUGUCACUAAGGCAGAUUCUGGCCAGUACUCAAUAUUUGUCAUCAACUCUGCUGGUUCUGCAUAUUCAUCGGCCAGGCUGGUAGUCAAAGAUCCUGGUGAGAAAGAAGAGCCAUCAGAAACAGAUUCCCAUGAGCAGCUGAUACCACCAAGGUUCCUAGAAAGGUUUACAAAUAAAAAGGUGAAAAAAGGCGCAAGCAUCACAUUAUCUGUAAAAGUUGAAGGACAUCCACCACCAACUAUUACUUGGCUGAAAGAGUCAUCUCGGGAGGACAUCCUGUGGAUCAAACCAGACACGCCUGGAUAUAAACUUGCCAGUUCAAAUAUGCAUCACAGUUUAAUUCUGUUGGAUGUUAAAAAGAAGUACAGUGGAGCUUAUACAUGCAUUGCUACCAACAAGGCUGGUCAGUCCAUCUGCACUGCCACCCUGGAAGUUGUGGAUGUGAAAGAGGCUGAAGUUCUGACCCAAGAGCGCGUGAUGGUGUCAGAAGCCAUCAUGACCACACUGGGAUCUAUCCAUCCCUCUGAAACAAGAGAAGGAGACCUUGAAGCUGGUGGAGAAGGUGUACCUAAAAGCCCUAUUUCCUUAGCUGAUGUUGGCUCAGAGGAGUUCUUCCAGAAACUCACCUCUCGUAUUUCAGAAAUGGUAUCUGCAAAAAUAAGUCAGGCUACACUUCGAGUGCCAGGUGCAGAAAGUGACGAUGAAUCAAAAACUCCCUCUGCAUCUCCUCGCCAUGGACGAUCCAGACCUUCGUCCAUUGCUCAGGAGUCCUCCUCUGAAUCUGAAGAUGGGGAUUCCAGAGGAGAGAUCUUUGACGUCUACAUGGUCACAGCUGACUAUGUGCCCGCUGCGCCUGACAGAGAGACCAUCACUUUGAAGGAAGGCCAAUACGUGGAAGUCCUUGAUUCAGCUCAUCCUCUCAAAUGGCUGGUCAGGACUAAACCCACAAAAUCGAGUCCCUCUCGACAGGGUUGGGUAUCUCCAGCUUAUCUGGACAAGAAAUUAAAGUUGUCACCAGAGUGGGGAACAACAGAAGCUCCCGAGUUCCCUGGAGAGUUUGUUUCUGAAGACGAAUAUAAACGGAAGCUAAGCGUUCUUAUUCAAGAACUGUUGAUCUCAGAAGAGGAUUACAUUCAAGACCUACAGUUCCUCCAAAGUCAUCACCUUAAGUUCACCGAGACCUGUCCCAACGUCCCGGGAGCUGUCGCCAGUCAGAAAUCCACCAUUUUCAGAAAUAUUGAUGACAUUGCUCGCUUCCAUUCCAGCGUCUUCCUCCGAGGCUUGCAGAAAUGCGACACUGAUGAUGACGUGGCCAUGUGCUUUAUCAAGCACGAAGUAGAGUUUAAUAAGUACAUCCAGUACCUGGUGGGGAGGGUACAGGCUGAGUCCGUCGUUGUUAGCAAAGCUGUCCAGGAUUUCUACAAGAGAUACACAGAUGAAAUCUUAAUGAAUGAAGAUCCUUCACAGCCACUUAUCCCACCACUGCAGCACUACCUGGAAAAACCCAUAAACAGGAUCCAGCAGUAUCAGACUAUAAUCAAGGAAUUAAUUCGAAACAAAGCAAGAAAUAGCCAAAACUGCACUUUGCUGGAGCAGGCUUAUGCCAUUGUGUCUGCACUCACCCGAAGAGCAGAAAACAACCUCCACGUCUCACUCAUUGAGAAUUAUCCAGGGACCUUGGAAAGCCUUGGUGAACCCAUCCGACAGGGCCACUUCAUUGUGUGGGAAGGAGCUCCAGGAGCUAGAAUGGCAUGGAAAGGUCACAAAAGACAUGUUUUCCUCUUCAAAAAUUAUAUUGUGAUCUGCAAACCGAAACGAGACACAAGGACAGACACCUACAGUUACAUCUUCAAGAACAUCAUGAAGCUGAACAACAUAGAUGUGAACGACCUUGUGGAAGGGGACGACCGGGCAUUUGAGAUCUGGCAUGAACGAGAAGACUUGGUCCGCAAGUACCUCCUUCAGGCACGCACAGUGAAUAUCAAGAACUCCUGGGUGAAGGAGAUCUGUGGCAUACAGCAGCGCAUCAGUGAACCUCUCUGGAUACCUCCAGACUUUGAGGAAGAACUGGCGGACUGUACAGCUGAGCUGGGCGAGACAGUCAAGCUGGCUUGCAAAGUUACGGGAGCUCCCAAGCCGUCUGUCAGCUGGUACAAAGAUGGAAGGCCUGUGGAGGUGGAUCCCCAUCACAUCAUAAUAGAAGAUCCCGAUGGUUCCUGCACAUUGAUAUUGGACAACCUGACGGGUGUUGACUCAGGACAGUACAUGUGCUUUGCUUCCAGUCCUGCGGGAAAUGCCAGUACCUUAGGAAAGAUCCUUGUUCAAGUGCCACCCCAGUUUGUGAACAAGGUUAGAAAUGCUUAUCUUAUUGAGGGUGAAGACGCUCAGUUUACCUGUACUGUCGAAGGAGCACCUAGGCCUCAAAUCAGGUGGUACAAAGAUGGUGUGUUGUUGAAGGACACAAGUAAAUACCAGACUUUCAGUGAACCACGGAGUGGCAUGGUAGUCCUGGUGGUGAAGAACCCUUCCAAUGAAGAUAUGGGACACUAUGAAUGUGAGCUGGUGAACAGAUUAGGGUCUGCAAAAAGCGGAGCAGAACUUUACCAUCACAGUGCCGCGGCCCUGACCCAGGACAGGAGAGGAGACCAAGCCAUUACCAUAGAAGGUCCUCCCUACAUGCAAGUGACAAUAGAGGACGUGCAGGUGAAUUCUGGGGAGCGUGCCAAAUUUCAGGCAGUCAUUGAAGGAACCCCUCAGCCGACCGUUUUGUGGUUUAAGGGCACAUCAUUGCUGACAGAGAGCGAUAGGCUUCAUCAAGGGAAUGAAGGAACAACGUAUUUCUUAGUUGUGGACAACGCUGUUUCAGAAGAUGGUGGUGUUUACACCUGUGUUGCCAAAAAUGCAGGAGGGGAGGUGUUGUGCAAAGCAGAGCUUAUUGUACGUGAAGGUAAGAAAGACCAAGCAGAAAAGAAAGUGGCCACCAGGAGAAAGCUCCAUUCUCUUUAUGAGGUUAAGCAGGAGAUUGGAAGGGGCUGCUUCAGUUUUGUGAAACGAGUUGUGCACAAAGGGAACAGAGUGUCUUGUGCUGCCAAGUUCAUACCUCUGCGAAGCAAAACGAAGGCUCGAGCGCAUCAAGAGAGGGAUAUUCUUGCCUCUCUGUCCCAUGACAGGAUUACCAGGCUCCUGGAUCAGUUUGAAACGCGGAAAACACUGAUUUUGAUUCUGGAGUUAUGCUCCAACGAAGAGCUGCUCGACCGUUUAUUCAAGAAGAGCGUUGUCACUGAAGCAGAGGUCAAAUUGUAUAUCAGGCAAAUUUUGGAAGGAAUCAAAUAUCUUCACGACAACAACAUCCUUCAUUUGGACAUUAAGCCGCUCAAUAUCCUCAUGGUUUAUCCGGAAAGGGAAGACCUUAAGCUGUGUGACUUUGGAUUUGCUCAGAAGAUCACUCCCUUUGAGCCUCAGUUCAGCAAAUACGGGUCUCCGGAGUUUGUCGCCCCAGAAAUUGUUUCUCAGUCACCAGUGUCAAAAGCAACCGAUAUCUGGGCUGUUGGUGUCAUCACGUAUUUAAGCCUAACGUGCAAGUCUCCUUUUGCUGGGGAGAACGACAGAGGAACCCUUCUAAAUAUCCAGAACGGGGAAAUUUCAUGGACCGUUCCUGAUUUUGUUCACUUGAGUGAAGACGCGAAGGACUUUAUAAAAGGGAUCCUGCAGCAGCACCCCAAAGCCAGGCCCAGUGCUUUGGACUGUCUUUCCCACAAGUGGUUCAUGCAUAAUCUCCCCCUCGAAGCAGCUCAUUUCAUUAACACCAAGCAGCUCAAAUUCAUUGUGGCUCGGAGCAAGUGGCAGCGGUCUCUGAUGUGCUAUAAAUCCAUACUGGUAAUGCGGUCUAUCCCAGAAAUCCUAGAAAGGACUCACGAUAACACCUCCCUGGCCAUCUCCCGACAUCUUAUUGAAGAAAGCACUUCGUCCAGUACCAGCGGCUCCUCUUCAGACAAUGAGAACUCGCAUUUCCCCAAGAAGAGGCACUUUGGCUCCACACCCGAACUUCACUUGUCCGUAUUUGAUGUACCAAGCCACCAGGAGCCUCCAAAACAUGCGAGUGAAGAAAAGCACUCCAAAAUCUCACUCCCUCCGGUAAAACCCAUGAGGAGGAAGUAUGCUUCAAUGAAAGCUGAGGUGGGGGACAAAUCACCUACAGAAAGCAAAGAGCUUAUGGCAAGUAUCUCCAAGGAGAAAGAGGAGGGGCUCCAUCCCAGACUUCGAGACGAAAGAGCAGAGCAGUCCCGAAGAAGCGGUGCUGCUGAGCUUUCAUCAGUGAGGACUUCCACAGAAAGCGCAUCGCACCUACGUCAGAAAGAAAGAACAGACAUAUUUUUAUCUGAUAAGGACAGAACUGAAAAGGCUGGGGAUGGGACAGAAAAGCCAUCUGCCUGUGUUCCCAGACAGAGUGUCAUUAAAAGCACUUUCUACAGCCAAGCAGCUGAGCUACCUGCAAGGGGACCUUCUUCGCCAGGCAGGGAGUUCAGAAGGCACCUGGACAGAGCCAGAAGGACUUUCCGGAAAGCUGGAUAUUCGAAGGUGCCCCUUAGUGGUCUCCGUGAACCCCUUCUAGAGCAGUUUGAACUGGAAGAAGAAGAAGGAAAGUCUGAUGAUGGAGAUGAUCACAGGGAAAGUCUGCUUGGUUCCUUGACCAAAUCAGCUUCAUUUGACACUGCAAGGAAACCACCACAUCCUGCCAUUUCUGGUGCCAGCCGAAGCCGUUCCCUGGAUGACUACAGGCUGAGAGCCUCAAGAUCAGUGAGGGAACAAGAUAUUUUGGAAGAAGAUUGUGAUAUACUCUCACAGGAAAGUUGCCCUGAAGGCAGUGACCACUGUAACAUUUCUGCGGGGCCCGGCAAGGGAUGUUCUGUAGAUACUUCGAAGCGAGAGGACUUUAGGAGAGCCAGCAAGGAUUGUUCAGAAGAGCAGCCCCCUCCUUCCACGCAAUGUGAGGGUAAUGGGUGCCCGGCUGUUUCUGUGCAACAGCUAGAGAGACUUCCAGUGUCACCUCACAGGAGUGAGAAUAGGAAACAUCUACUGAAGAAGUCAAAAGCAACUUACACUGAGGAGGAAGCUGAAAAUUUGGAAGGCAAAAGCUGCAUUCUAACUGCCCAGUGCUCAGAUGUAACUGCAUCAGCAGCUGAAAGACAUGAAAGCACGGAGGCUAAGUCUUCCACUGGUGGUGCCUCUGAUGCUGCUCUUCAGGAGGGCAAAGAGUCCAUUUCAGCUCUCAAGCAGCCGGAGACCACCUCCAAGUCGGUCCCUGCAGGUACAGGAGGUGUGUAUCUGCCCCACAGUACCGACAUCCAUCCGGAUCUAAAAGGUGGAAGCUUGCUUACCAAAAGGGCAGCCCCAGUUCCCCCUUGGAAAGACAAAAGGCAGAAGCAUUCACAUGAGAAGACUUCUACUCAUAGUGUUGCCAGAUCUGAUCUCAUGGAGCCCGAAAGCUCUGCUGUUUUAACAGGCCCACAAACAGAAAACGAUUCGCUUCCAGUAUGUAAAGACAAAAGUCAGGAACUUCCUGGUAAAAAUGUUCCAGCAACUACAGUCUCGGUGAGCAAACAGCCAGGUACUCUACCUGCUCUGCACACAGCUGAUGACGGUGCUCAUCAGAAGCUGAAGACCUAUAAAGAGGUGAGAUCUGCUGUCCUAGAAGAUGAAGGAUCGGGUAUUAGAGGAAUCACUCCACCUUCAGCCCAUGAUGGUGAAAGCCAAGCGCACAAGAGGGCUCCUGUUCACACAGACACGGCAUCAGCCAUCCUGAAGGGAGAGCAUCUCAUUGUUCCCAAAGUCCCACCACCAAAACCAAUGCCAACGUCAGUCUCCGAUGGAGCAUGGCAGGCUGACGAGGAAUGGCCAGCUCAUAGCAAGGAGAGGUCUGCUGCUCUGAGGAGCGAAAGCUCAGCUGUCGCAGGGGUUGUUCCCAGUUUGGCCCAUGAGGCUGAAAUCGAGGGAGCUGAACCCCAGAAGGUUUCUGAAGGCAGUGGCAUGGUGCCUGCUGUUCUGGGGACCAGAGCCCCAGCUAGAACUGUGUCUUCCCAAGAUACUGGCCUCCCUCCAGUCUGUGAUAGCAAAGAGCAAGAACAUCCAAAGGCAUCGCUUCGCAGUGAGGUGAAAUCUGUUGUGACAGCAAGCGGAAGCCGACCAGCUGGACAGACUAUGCCUGCUCCUUUCCCCAAGGCUGGACACGACAUGUUUGAGCAACACAGGGCUGCUCAUCCCAGUGGCAGAGUUUCUGCUGUUCCGGAGGGUGGACCUCCAGGUGUCUUAACUGCUUCACGACCAGAAGUUGCUCCAGCUUCAGUCUACGAGGUAGAAUAUGAGGAACAUCCAAAGGUUUAUGGUGAAGGUAGAGGUAUUGCCUUAGAAAGCGGAAGCUGUGAUGCUGGAAAAACUGUCCCGCCAUCCCUCCGCAGGGAUCAAAGUCAGGAGCUCUCACAUCACAGGUCUUCUUUUUACAGUGAUGAGGAGUCUGCUGUGCUGGAGGGCUUAGUGGAUGAGAUGGUUUCCCUCUCUGAAGAGAUGAAUGUUUGGGCAGAGUCAGUUUCUGGUGAGGAGAGAUGCAGAAAGCACAUCUCUCCUCCCACAGAGAUGUUCUACAAAGGCCCCGGUAGCCAAGCACCCACAGACACCUCCUUCCCUUCUGUACAAGGGGGUCAAAGAGGAGACAUCUCUGAGCUGGAUAACCUUGCAGAAGCCCAUCCUGCCACGGGUGAGGAGUCAGUAGGACUGGAAAGGCAGGGAGCACAGACGGUUCCUCAUGAAUGUGAGCAUCUGGAGGACUUAGCGUUUGAGAGCCCCACUUCCAGUCAAUUGAGCGUUUCCUCAACAGAGAGCUUGGACGCUGGGAAAAGACCCAGUCAAGUGUCAGUGAGCAAGGACACUGGUAAACACCCAGAAGUUUCUUUAGUGAAAAUCAAAGACUUGUCGGAUGAAACACCCAGUCUUGGCAGUGGAACUCCAAAAUUUGACAUAUCAGAGGUAGAGCCUGCCUACUUGAAUUUCUCUGACUUGUAUGACAUCGUCUAUUUUCCAUUUGAAUUUCUCAACUAUAAGAAGCCUUCACCCAAACCAACCGGUAGAAGGUUUAUACCUUUUGGUGAAAGGGCAAGGUCACCUCCUGCGGGACAUUUGCAUAAGGAUAAAAGACUGUGCAUCAGAGAAGAAGCAGAGCACAAGAACAGGAAGAACCGUUUGGAAAUAUCUGAAGAUUCAAAGGCAACAAACUUAUUGGCCACGGGGAAAGGGUCAGAGAGUCAUAAGGAAAUGUAUGGCCCCCAAAAGGACUCCAGUGGUAAGCAGAAAAGCUCCUUCUACAACAAACCAGGACUCUUUAAGCCGUACGCAAGGUCUCAUUCAGUGGAGCAGUCAGUGGAGCAGAGUCUGAAGAAGAAAGUAAAAGCUUCUGUUGCCCAUAUUUCAAGAAUCCUAAAAGGAAAGACAUCUCCUGAGCCAGAGGCAGAGGAAGAGUUUGGCCAGCUGGGAAGUGAGGCAGUAGAAAAAGAGCUGUUAACAGGGGCUGAAGGAUCUCUGAAGAGGAAAUCGGGACUCUCUUCAUUCAAGUUCUCAAGCCUCAUGCCAAAGGAGAAAGCACCUUCAUUCGUUGAGGAGCUCAUCGAUCAAGCUGCUGCCGUCGGACAGUGCGUGACCCUGUCGUGCCGGACAGUGGCUCACUCCUCCCUGCACAUCGAGUGGUUCAGAGAUGGGAUACCUGUCCACAGCAGCAGCCGGAUCCUCAUCUCAGCCACACUCAAAAACUUCCAGCUGUUAACCAUUCUCUCUGUUAGCGCUGAUGAUUUUGGUAUUUACACCUGCGUGGCCACAAACUCUCUGGGCUCAGCAUCCACCUCCUGCAUCAUAAGAAAAGCAGAGAUUCCUCCCGGCCCUCCACCCCCUGACAUCGUGGAGGUCUAUGAGGAUGGAGUGCAGGUGGUCUGGAAACCAGUGGAAACCAACAUCCCUGUCCAUUACACUGUCCAGUGCAAGAGCGAAGAUGGGGAGUGGACGACUCUUGCUGCUGACAUCGCUGACUGCUGCUACUACGCCAAAAAUCUCUCCAAGGGCUUUACCUACUCCUUCAGGAUCGCCUGCAUUCCUCAGCUUCGGGCUGCAGUGCAGAGCUUCCCAUCGGCUGCUACUGAAGAAGAGAGUGAAAUAAUCGCACCAUCUGAGCCUUUCCCAACCUAUCAGACCUACGCCUUCCAAACAGAGAUCAAAAGGGGGCGUUUCAGCAUCGUCCGACAGUGCAGGGAAAAAGUAAGCGGCAAGACUUUAGCUGCUAAAAUUAUCCCUUACUGGCAAGAGGACAAGCAGAUUGUGCUCCUCGAGUACCAAGUCCUGAGGAAGCUUCAUCACACGAACAUAGCUCAGCUGAAGGGAGCCUACGUCAGCCCACGGCACUUAGUGUUGAUCCAGGAGAUGUGCGUUGGACCAGAGCUACUCCACUCUUUGGCAUUACGGACAUCGUACUCAGAAGUAGAGGUCCGAGAUUACCUGUGGCAGAUCCUCAGUGCCAUUGAGUAUCUCCACGCGCACAGCAUCCUGCACUUGGAUCUCCGAUCUGAAAACAUGAUCAUCACCGAGCCCAACCUGCUGAAACUCCUGGAUUUUGGCAAUGCACAGUUCUACACACAAGACAAAGUUAUUACCAUGGACAAGUGCAUGGACUAUGUUGAAACCAUGGAACUGCUGACAGAGCAAGGAGCCCUCCCGCAGACUGAUAUCUGGUCCGUCGGAAUCACAGCCUUCAUCAUGUUGAGUGCCAACUACCCCGUCAGCUCCGACGUAGCCUGCGAGUUUCUGAGAACGACCAGGAAGGGGAAAGUGAAGCUCACGCGGUGCUACGCGGGUCUCUCCGGGGGAGCAGUGUCGUUUCUCCAGAGCACGCUGUGUGCAAAUCCCUGGGGAAGGCCAUCAGCCUCGGAAUGCCUUCAGAGCCCAUGGCUCCAGGAGACGGGUUUGGACAACAGGCAGCAAGCACUGGUUACCUUCCCUACCACCAAACUGAGGAAUUUCCUCACCGAACGGGAAAAGAAAAGGGGCCUGCUGUGCUCCAAGUAUGGCCUCAUGAUUGCACAGUGA